UCAAUCAUAAUUUUUUUAAAUAAAUAUUAAGAAACUGAUAACCAGUUGAGUAGAAAAAUGAUUCCUAAAAUAUGGAGAGGAACUGAAAUUAAUACAAUUAUGGUCACUGCAAAAAAACCCUGAACAAUGAAUUGAAAACACAUCUAGAACAGCCAGGAAAUAAUACUUUUCUAAGCCAUACAGGCCAACUGUAUGUGCGUUGGUUGUUUGAUAACUGCCGUCAUGCUGAGACCUUGAUCUGUGCCAGUGCAUGCUUUAAUAAUCAGUCAAUAAAUUGCAUCCUGGAUGUGUGCCUGGCAUUUGAGAAAUAAAUUAGACUGAAUAGUCCUGGCUCAUAAAACCUUCAUAACAACCACAUGGUGUAAGUACAAAUGUGUUCAGAAGCUCACUCUUGGCACACACUCCUCUGUGAUUCGGAAAUAAAUAGCGCUGAAUCACAAUCCUGUCUGAGCUGAAAGAGAAGAAGAUGGAGGAAGAAGUAUGAGACUGUUUUGUAAGUCGCAACCACAUGGAGAAUCCUGACAACUGUUAAUUUGUCAACUGCCUGUGAUUUGUCACAUAUUUGGAGAGAUAUAUGUGAGAAAACAGACCUCAGACUGCCUUGUGUAACUCACAAAAUGAAGAGAAUUCAUGUAGACAACCACAACCCGUCACUGUUAUCACUACAUACAAACCAGAAGAUAACAAUAAAUGAAAAAAUAAGUACGAAAUAAGUACAACCAGCGAUCUAACACUUGAAGGAAGAUUUCUGUAAAUAACUGCACUGGAAACUGAACUGGAAAGGAAAUAAAAUACAUUCUAAUUCUCUGAAUUUCUGCUUUCUCUAUUUGGCGGCCUAAAGUAGACCUCAUGAGUUUUGACUUUUCAGUGAAGUCAUCUUAUGAGUUGAACGUCUUACAAGAAAGGUUAGUCAGUGACAGAGUUAAACUUCUGCUUUCUUACAACAUGUUUUAGAUUAAAAUAUUCUUAUAAAUUAUUCUAAAUAUAAAAUAUUACAGAUUUAUACAGUCAAUCAAUAGUGUAUCUUUAUUAAAAGUUCACUCUGCACUGAAGGACUAAUAAGUCUAUAUCAAACCAAGACAAACAAAAUAGCAAAUCAGUGUCACUCACCAUAUUCAAACUUCAAAGCAAGAAAAUGAAUUAAGAAACAUGUUAUUCUAAUAGACUUAUUUCAGAGAUUAUUUCAGACGAGAUUUGUGUAUGUUAUAAUAUAAUCUAUAUAAUAUUCCUCACAAGCAGGUUAUCUUUUGGUGCGCCUCUGGUCAUCUGACCCAACCCAACCCAUCCUCCUCCUCCUCUCUUCAUCCUCCCAUUCCAGGCAUUCUCCAGUCAACGAGCGCAGCGCAUGCGCACUGGAGCUCACGGGAAGCCAUGUUAAAGUUACAGUGAAGUACUGAGACUGAGAUUCCCUUCUGACGCCGUAUGUUUAUUUUUUUCCGUUUUUCUCCUUUCGUCCGUGUCAGGGCCCCCAGCAACUAUCAUUGAUAGUCAGAGACCGGCGUCCCCACGAUGAACUCUAGUUUCGAUCUAUCCAGGCGAAAUCCGCAAGAGGAUUUCGAGCUUAUCCAGAGGAUAGGCAGCGGGACCUACGGGGAUGUUUACAAGGCCCGUAAUGUCACUACGGGAGAGCUGGCUGCUAUCAAGGUCAUUAAACUGGAGCCAGGCGAGGACUUCGCAGUGGUUCAGCAGGAAAUAAUCAUGAUGAAAGACUGCAAGCACUCUAACAUUGUGGCCUAUUUCGGUAGUUACUUAAGGAGGGAUAAAUUAUGGAUAUGUAUGGAAUACUGUGGGGGAGGUUCAUUGCAAGACAUAUAUCACGUUACAGGGCCACUGACAGAAUCACAGAUAGCAUAUGUAACAAGAGAAACCCUUCAGGGUUUAUAUUAUCUACACAACAAAGGAAAGAUGCACCGAGACAUAAAGGGUGCCAAUAUUUUAUUGACGGACAACGGUUAUGUCAAGCUAGCUGAUUUCGGUGUAUCUGCACAGAUCACAGCAACACUAGCUAAAAGAAAAUCUUUCAUCGGGACUCCUUAUUGGAUGGCCCCAGAGGUGGCCGCCGUGGAGAGGAAAGGAGGGUACAAUCACCUGUGUGACAUCUGGGCUGUGGGCAUCACCGCCAUUGAACUAGCCGAACUGCAACCUCCCAUGUUUGACCUUCAUCCAAUGAGGGCUCUGUUUUUAAUGACGAAAAGCAACUUUCAACCCCCCAAAUUAAAAGACAAAGUUAAAUGGACCAAUAAUUUCCACAAUUUUGUGAAGUUGGCUCUGACGAAAAAUCCAAAGAAACGGCCAUCAGCUGACAAGUUACUGCAGCAUCCGUUUGUGUCCCAACCGUUAAGUCGUAUUUUGGCGAUCGAGCUGCUGGAUAAAGCGAACAACCCCGACCACUCGUCCUACACAGACCUGGACGAUGACGACCCAGAGCCGGAGCCUCCAGUCUCUGUUCCACAUCGGAUUCGCUCAACAAGCCGUACUAGUCGGGAAGGGAAGACUCUGUCAGAGAUUAACUUCGGUCAGGUGAAGUUUGACCCUCCUUUAACAACAGAGACAAAACCACAUCAUGAACCGCCCGACACUGACGAUUUUUUGGACUGUGCCGAGGAAAUAUACUACACUGCAAGAUCUAAUCUGGAUUUACAGAUGGAUUAUGGACAGGGAUCGCCUAAAGGCUCCAUCUUGGGAGGAAACAAGAGCCUCUUGAAAUCUGUUGAAGAGGAGCUGCAUCAGAGGGGGCAUGAGGCUCAUUUGGAGGAUGAUGAUGAGGGUGAAGAUGAUGGUGAUGAUCAUGAUGAUGAAUUGCAACAUACAAAAAGCUCCACCAUGAGGCCUAAAGUCCCGCCACCACUUCCUCCCAAGCCAAAGCCCAGUCCCGGACCACAUCAAAGCCCCUCUGGUGAUCAUGACGGAAACCAGGGCACUAUAAAGCGCUGUCCGGGGCCCGAAAGCCCGGCUCGAUCAUCCACCAACGUACCCCCUCGACCUCCACCUCCUCGGCUGCCCGCAAACAAGCUCAGCAGUUUAGGUAAUGAGACCAAUCGGGAAGAACACGGCCCUUGGGAAGCCCAGGGGGAUGCUGGGAUAUGUAGUCAGUUGGACGAGAGGCUGCAGGUCUCGUUUGAUGAAGAGGAAGAUCAUGAUGAGGAAGGAGACAGCAAUGGAAUUAGCCCAUCUGAACACUCGCCCUCAACGGAGAGACAGUCCACAAUGCCCCCUGCUGUUCCUAUACCAAAGGACAAGAAAGAUUUUCCGAAACCCAUCAGCAAUGGUCUCCCUCCAACUCCAAAGGUUCAUAUGGGAGCAUGUUUCUCUAAAGUCUUCAAUGGCUGCCCGUUAAAGAUACACUGCGCUACCUCAUGGAUCAACCCAGACACACGAGAUCAGUAUCUGAUAUUUGGAGCAGAGGAAGGGAUUUACACAUUAAACCUUAAUGAGCUGCACGAGACAUCCAUGGAGCAGCUUUUCCCCAGGAGAUGUACUUGGCUCUAUGUCAUGAGCAACAGCCUGCUAUCAAUAUCCGGAAAAGCAUGUCAUCUGUACUCUCACAGUCUUAUGGGUCUAUUUGAACAUGCUCGACAAAUGCAAAAACUCCCUGUUGCCAUACCAACACAUAAAUUGCCUGACAAAAUAAUCCCCAGGAAGUUCUCAGUGUCCACUAAGAUCCCUGAAACAAAAGGGUGUCAAAAGUGCUGUGUAGUGAGGAAUCCGUACACUGGUCACAAGUACCUGUGCGGUGCCUUUCAGUCUAGUGUUGUCCUUUUUGAGUGGGUGGAAUCCAUGCAGAAAUUCAUGUUGGUCAAGAGCAUAGACUUCCCCCUGCCGUGUCCGCUGGAGGUGUUUGAGAUGCUGGUGGUUCCAGAGCAUCAGUAUCCUCUCAUCUGCAUAGCUGUGAGCAAAGGGACCGAGCUCCACCAGGUGGUACGCUUUGAGACCCUCAACCCCAACUCUACCUCCAAUUGGUUCGAUUCUGAUACCCCACAGAGCUGCGUGAUCCAUGUGACCCAGCUGGAGAGAGAUACAAUUUUAGUCUGCUUAGAUCGGUGCAUUAAGAUUGUAAAUUUGCAGGGUCGGUUGAAGUCCAGUCGAAAACUCUCAGCCGAACUGACUUUUAACUUCCAGAUUGAAUCAAUAGUUUGCCUUCAAGACAGUGUGUUGGCCUUCUGGAGGCAUGGCAUGCAAGGACGCAGCUUCAAAUCUAAUGAGAUUACACAGGAGAUUUCGGACAACUCCAGGAUAUUCAGGCUGCUGGGUUCAGACAGAGUGGUGGUUUUAGAGAGCCGACCAACAGACAACCCCACAGCACACAGCAAUCUCUACAUCCUCGCAGGCCAUGAAAACAGCUACUGACCGCAAUGUAUCAUGGGACAAAACACUACAUGCUGGUAUCCAACGUUGUUUCGAAAGCCUUUGGUUUCGUGUGGCCCGAUGACAACCGGCCACGUCUCAGAAGUACCACAGAUAUGCUGUUGGUGAACCAACGAGAGCACAGAGGAAGACUUGAAUGGACAUAAAGAUCUCUGCACGAUAUACUACAGUACUACAGUAUGCACUUUCACCCUUACCUGUUUUAGACGCCUCGCUUUGGUUUGGCUUCUAGCAGUUUUAAUUUAUUUUUACCCAAAACACAUAAACACAUAUUCAGUUUUUUUUUUUCCCAAACAAGACUUUUGUUUUUGGCCAUUACUCACACUUGACGCUAACCACACAAGUGCUUGAAGUCACGUAUUUAAUUCAUGUACAUACAUAGUAUUGUUAAGUUGUACUCUUUGUAUUGGUUGUGUAGAUAUCAGCACAUUUAUGUUUUGUACAGGUUUGUGGCAGCGUUAGCUGUUGUAAAGGACUGUGAGAUGCUGGGUACUACUUUAAAAUGACCUCUAGAACAGAUCAUUUUUGUUAUAUGCAAUAGUUUAGGAAUCACAACGCUGAAGUGCCCAUCUUUCGAGACUUGCCGCCUUAACUUCGUUUUUCUUUGUUUUUAUUGUACAACCUAAUCUUUUUUAUAUAAAGCCAAAUGGUGUUUUUAUUGAGCGACUUUUAAUUCAGUGGCCCUUGUAAUUGUUUUUAACUCUGUGGUAUGCACUCACUUCAAAUUUGCACAAUGUUAUUAAAAUGUUGAUGUGUGUAUGUAAGUGUAUGUUUAAAACCAUGCAGAUAAUAACAUAUAUAGAUAUAUACACACACGUAUUUUUUGUAAAUGUGUAUACAUGUAUAACCCUAAUAAGCAAUAAGUCGUUAGGAUGUUUUUACGUCGUUUUAAAUAAAUCAGACUGCAAGACAAGCUUGUUAUGUGGAUGACAUCACUGUCGUCACUGCAUCCAGCUGUGUUUGUAUGUAAUUUGAGUGCUGUACACAAUAUUUAGAAGAAUAUGUUGGAAUUUGUUAAUCGAUGUCAACUUUCAGCAUCACGGACCGCCAUUAAAACUCUCUCAACUGUCGUUGAAAGUAAAGGAAAUUCCAUAAUCCGUAAGUUUCCUUUCUGUUUGCCCGUGAUUGACAAGUUAACACGGUUAUGAAAUUAAUUUUCGUUUUGUGGCAGUGUAUAUACUGUAAAAUAAAAUCAAGUUGUUUUGCAUA